CCAGUGAGCAGCUGGAUCCCGGUGAGACAGAGGGCUUUUCAAAAGCUGAAACUAACCCCAGCAGCCCGUACCAAGCCUGGGAGUCUCACACUCCAACCCCAGCGAUGUAAAGACGAACCCACGGCUCUGAGCUUCCAGAGGAUGUAUGCUCCUGCGAUGAGCAGCUCUUCACCACCCAGUCAGCUGGAUCAGGGCUGUGAGGGCAAAUAACUGCGAGGACAUCAGAGUCUGUGUUGUGGAUGGACAGGUCAGGGAUUAAUUUACCGCAUCCGUCCGGGAUCUAGCUGCUCCAACAUCCCUGUGUUGAUCGGGUGAACUAAGCAGGAGAAUGUAUGGAAUAAACCAGCGCUGCAUUUACAUAUCGUUCAACUUUUUCGUGCUGUGGUGUCACGCUCAGGGGGAGAAUCACCCGUCUCCUAAUUUUAAGCAGUAUGUGAGGACGCAGGGCGCAGUGACGGAUCAGCUGAGCCGCAGACAGGUCAGGGUUUACCAGCUCUACAGCCGCACCAGCGGGAAGCACGUCCAGAUCCACGGCAAGAGGGUCACCGCCACCGCCGAGGACGGGAACCUGUACGCUCGUCUUUUCGUGGAGACAGACACCUUUGGCAGUCGAGUGAGGAUAAGAGGAGCAGAAAGUGGACGCUACCUCUGCAUGAAUCGGAAGGGCAAACUUGUUGGAAAGGCCAACGGACGCAGCAGGGAUUGUAUCUUCACAGAGAUAGUACUGGAGAACAAUUACACAGCCUUCCAGAACGCUGAGUACGAGGGCUGGUAUGUGGGGUUCACCAGGAAAGGGAGGCCCAUUAAAGCGUCGAGGACGAGAGAGAACCAGAGAGAGGUCCACUUCAUUAAGAGGCUGCACACAGGCCCACCUGCCUUCCCCAACACGGACCAAAGCAAACACUUUGAGUUCAUCCGAUUUCCAGCCACACGUCGAGCGAAGCGGAACAGGAAAUCACCUACCUCUUCCUAACACGCAGCAAAAGCAGUGGACUGACGACAGUUUUGAUAUAGGAAGAAACAGAUGUGAUUUUAUUUUUGUAUAUUUUUGAUAGGUAAAAGAUGGCUCCAAUGCCAUCAAUCUAAGGUAAUAUUUCUGUAAUAUGAUCUGUAAAUACUGAAAGAGAGUAAAGCAGAUGG